AUGAAUCCUCCCAAGGAUGACUCGCCGAAGUACAUGGUUUCGUCUCCGGCCUCCUCUUCCUCGUCGGCCGCGGCCCACCUCCAGUCGGUGGCGGUCGUGCUGGCGUCCUCGCUCGGGCUCGGUUCGAUGGCAAGCGGGGCACCGGCGGGGCGCGGCGCUGGCGGUGGCCUCGGUGCCGGCGGGUUCUUCAACCAGAGCUACCACGAGCGGGACGGGGUCGGUGCGCUGGCGUCGGCCGCGGUGCCAUCGAUGGGCGGGGAGGCGGCAGCGGGAUCGGCGGAAGGUAGCGGGGCCGAGACGCUGUCCAUCUUCGACGCGUCCGGGGGCAGCAUAAUACUGCAGGGCUUCACCUCGACGUCGCCGAUCGAUGUGGUGGAGGUGGGCGGGACGGAUGAGGCGAUCGUGGCCGGGGGCGAGUGGAUCGACGUGGUGCUGCUCGUGCUGAAGGCCUCCAUCAUGAUGUUCAUUAUCGUAGCGGCCAUCUUCGGCAACCUGCUUGUCAUCAUCUCCGUCAAGCGCCAUCGGAAAUUACGAGUGAUUACGAAUUACUUCGUCGUGUCGCUGGCCAUGGCCGACAUCAUGGUGGCGAUGAUGGCCAUGACAUUCAACUUUAGCGUACAAAUAACGGGAAGCUGGAAGUUUGGGUCGUUCAUGUGCGACGUGUGGAACAGCCUAGAUGUCUACUUCUCGACCGCCAGUAUACUUCAUCUUUGCUGUAUUUCAGUGGAUAGAUAUUAUGCCAUAGUGAAACCACUUAAGUAUCCGAUAAGCAUGACGAAGCGUGUCGUCGCGAUAAUGUUAUUAAAUACUUGGAUAUCACCAGCGCUGUUGUCAUUCGUGCCGAUCUUUGCUGGUUGGUACACCACGGACAAGCACAAGCGGGACGUGCUGCUCAAGCAGAACAGCUGCCAGUUCAUCGUGAACAAGCCGUAUGCGGUCAUCUCCAGCUCGGUGUCGUUCUUCAUCCCGUGCACGAUCAUGGUGUUCACGUACUUCCAGAUAUUCCGCGAGGCCAAUCGGCAGGAGAAGCAGCUGGCCCUCCGCCAAGGCACCGCCAUGCUGAUGCACCAGCAGCACGGCGGCGGCGGUGGCCGGGGAGGCACCAACGGGGAGGCACUCAGUGGCAGCGGGUCCUCCCGGACGCUCACCACACACGAGGUGGACGCGGAGCAGACGCCAACGCGCGAUCGACAUCUGAUCAAGAUGAAGCGCGAGCAUAAGGCGGCCCGGACGCUCGGCAUCAUCAUGGGCACGUUCAUCCUCUGCUGGCUGCCCUUCUUCCUGUGGUACAUCAUCACGUCGCUCUGCGGCGACGAAGCGUGCCCCUGUCCGGACAUCGUCGUCGCCCUGGUCUUCUGGAUCGGGUACUUCAACUCGACGCUCAAUCCGCUCAUCUACGCCUACUUCAACCGAGACUUCCGGGAAGCGUUCCGGAACACGCUCGACUGCAUGUUCUGCGCCUGGUGGCGCCGGGAAACGUCCCCGCUGGACAUAAACGUGCGGCGGGCUAGUCUACGGUACGACUGCCGCGCCAAGAGCGUCUACUCCGAGAGCUAUCUGCGGCCCUCGUCCCAAACGGACCGCUUCAACAGCGAGAUCGGCGAGAGUCUGUAA